GUUAUAGUCUAGCCCAUUGUCAGUGGCAAUUAGCAGAAGUGCAAUCACCUGGACACAAAAGAGACAGCAUCUGUUUUUGAGGAAGUUACACUGCUCAGUACCCAAGAUGGCUUCUAGGAUUGGCCAGAUCAGAGCUGGAAGAUGCCUGGAGUCCUCAGACUCCUACCUGCUGGGGGAUCUCAGCUCCAACUCCAUGAAUGAGCUCUUCCACAGCGAGUCCUGGUGGGCCAACAGCAAGGAGCGCAGAGAGCAAGGAGACUCACUCAGGGAGCAACUAAAAGAGAUGGAUGAGCAUGUGUCCAGGCUUCAGGACAUGUUGAGAUCUGAACAGGCCAAAUGCACUCGUCUGCAGCUGCAGCGUAACCAGCAGGAGGCAGAGCUGAGGCGACGUGAGCAGCACAUCAACAGACUGAAGGAGCGACUCUCCCUGCUGAGCGACAGACACAGAGAGAAAGGACCCUCCAUAGAGGUGCUGAACUUUCCCACUAGAGGUCGAGGCAAAAGAGAACAGGUGGUCAGAUCACUGAGGUCUACUGCAAAACGAGAAGAGGCAACACUACGUCUGAUGCUGGAGCGCAGAGAAGCUGAGCUCAGAGAGGCGAUGAAGUUGCGCCACAGCCUCACCACUUUACUUCAUGCACUCAGAGUCGACAUGGAGCAUACCUUGUCGGAUGCGGUGGAAGUUCAGCAUGAGGCCCGAACUGAAGACAAAAGGCUGGAUCAAGCUGAGGUGGCACUUGGUGACCAUGUAACAGGAGGUGUGGUUCAGAGUUGGAGGCAAGUGCAGCAGAGACUGGUUGAAGUCCUACCUGAAGGCCACACUGGUGUUGGCACCGACCAUGACAAGCUCCUGGCUCGACUAGAAACUGACCUGAAGGAGAGUCAGCAGCUUGUCAGAUUACAGCAGCAGCUGCUGCAGGACAGCCUUUCCUCACCUGUCCCCACUGAGUUGACUGAUUCCUACUUUUUGGAGGAGUGGGAACGUCUGAAGUCGCGCUGGGCAGAGUUUGAUUAUCAGAGGCGGACUUUUGAGAGGGAGAGGAAGUCCUUCACUGAUGCUGCCAUCCGACUGAGCCAUGAGCGCCGUGAUUUUGAGCAACAGAAGGCCUCUCUCCUGAAACAGCAGUAUCUGUGUAACUCACCUCAGCUUGGUAAAAGGCCACCACACAGCAGCAGGAGAGAGAGCACUGCUCUCAGUUUGGGGCCCACCAGCAUGUCGGGCUGUCUUCCUAUUACUCCAUCUUCCACCAAGUCGGGGGCAGCUGCAGUUUCUGGAUUAGAUCGGGGAAGGGCUGGAGUUCCAAGCCCUAACACUCCUGAGCUCUACUCUGCCCUCAGUCUGUCGUACAACUGCAGAUCCAGUGAAGUUGAUCACCAGUCAGAGACAUGGGAUGGCCAAGCAGAUGGGAUGAUCCACUCGCCACAGGCUCCACACUUAGACUACAAUUUUGAUGAUUGGUGGUGAUUAAAAACAUAUUGUAUGCCAUUUCCACUUUUUAGGAUAUUUAAUAAAGACUGUUUUUAAUUGUA